GUGACUUGUUGCGACCCCCGGCCGGUGCCCCCAUCAUGCGUUGCCAUAUAUAUAUAAGGCCCACCGCCGUGUGGUUCAUCUCUUCAUCGAUCAUAUCCAAUCCCACAUCGCAUCCGCUCAGCUCAGCUCAGCUCAGCUCGAUCGAAAGAUCUUCACAUGCAUACACUAAUCCUUUCGCUAAUUCGCAACAACUAACUGGUUUGAUUGGUAGCAUAACACGAUGGACCAAAUGGGCAAGCACGUCCACGUCCUGCAGAUGGCUUCCAUGGCGAGCGGCGGCGGCUGCCAGUCGUUGUCGUCGUCGUCGUCGCAGCAGCAGCAGCAGCAGCAGUACCGGGGCGUGCGGAAGCGGAAGUGGGGCAAGUGGGUGUCGGAGAUCAGGCAGCCGGGCACCAAGACGCGCAUCUGGCUGGGCAGCUUCGAGUCGGCGGAGAUGGCGGCCGUGGCGCACGACGUGGCCGCGCUGCGCCUGCGGGGCCGCGACGCGCAGCUCAACUUCCCCGGGUGCGUCGCCUGGCUGCCCCGCCCGGCGACCUCGAACCCGGCCGACGUCCGCGCCGCCGCGGCCGAGGCCGCCGACCGGGUGCGCUGCGACCCGGCGCUGCUGCUGCUGCAGCAAGUGCAGGCGCAGGCGCAGGCGGCGGCACGGGGCCACGACCACGACGAGUUCGGAGCCGGGCCGGGGCCGGGGCCCGUGGUGGUCGAGCUCGGGAGCGACGAGGAGUUCGAGCUGGACCUGGACUCGCCCAGGCUGUGGGCCGAGAUGGCGGAGGCCAUGCUCCUCGACCCGCCGGGAUGGGCCACCGCCGUCGGCGAGGCCGAGGUGGCCCAGCAGUGCUGGUCACACGGCUCCCUCUGGGACGCCUGCUAGUGCUAGCUCAAGCUCACUCGGUUUGCCUUGGCUUUUUUUUUUGGCUGCAAGUGUUUUGGCCAUGGCCAAUGGCCACCAGACGCUGCUUAAUUAACCUCACAAGUGUCGCAAAUGCUUUUGGUGUGUGCCACUGUGAGCGCGUCUCUGUUGAUUUUGAUUCUCCCGUGUGGGUUUCGUUUGCUGCUGCUAGCUGUUGGGCUUGCCGGUUUUCCCCGUUCCCUGUUAUCAUCUUACCUGUAUUAUUAGUAUUAUAGGCAAAAUGAUGACAGUCGAGACCAUUUCAAAACAAAAAUAGUACUCAUACUAUGGUUUGGUCUGUUCCUGCAUUUGUACUAAUUUGUGCAGUCACAUUGGAGACGACCGUGCAUGUAACUACUCACCAAAAAUGAUCAUGUACUUUAGUAUUUUAUAAACAUGUAUGGUGAUUUUUUUUUGUAGACAAUCAUAUCUAAUAUGAGAACCGU